UCAGACUACUAUGAAAGUGUGUGUGUGUGUGAGUGAGUGCGUGCAUGAGAGAGUGAGAGAAGGACGGUGUGAGCCCAGUGUAUGGUUGAGUGAAAACACUGACAGCUGUGGUUGCUCAGGCUGCUGUAGACUGAGGGAGACAGUGGGAGAACUUAGCACCUCAGGGAACAUUUAUGAUAGGAGACGCAUGUCGUGCAGUGCUGUAUGAGCGCAGUUGCUGCAGGCAUACAGCAGGCGGAGAGUGCACGCUGGAUCACGGCUGCAGGGGAGGAAAGUUCUCUGACACGGAGUCUUUAGACAAGUAAACGACCAGCGACGGAGUCCGCAAUGAGCUGCAGAAAGAGAUGCAAGAGGGAGAUCUUAAAGGUUGCCCAGUACUUCUUCAGAUUUGUCACCGGUGCACUUCAUGCAGACAGUACCGAGGAUGAGCUGGAGGUCUCAGCCGUGCGGCAUCGGCCAGAAGGCCUGGAACAGCUGGAGGCCCAGACCCGAUUCUCUCGCAAAGAGCUGCAGAUCCUUUACCGUGGCUUCAAGAAUGAAUGUCCAAGUGGUGUGGUCAAUGAAGACACGUUUAAAGGAAUAUACGCUCAGUUCUUCCCACAGGGAGAUGCAUCCACAUAUGCACAUUUUCUGUUCAACGCUUUUGACACAGACCACAAUGGCGCAGUGAGUUUCGAAGAUUUUGUAAUGGGCCUGUCAAUCCUCCUAAGAGGCACAGUUCAAGAGAAACUCAACUGGGCAUUUAACCUGUAUGAUAUUAAUAAAGAUGGAUAUAUAACAAAGGAGGAAAUGUUAGACAUCAUGAAAGCUAUAUAUGACAUGAUGGGAAAAUGGACAUAUCCAGUUCUUAAAGAGGAAACUCCAAGACAACACGUGGAGAUUUUUUUCCAGAAAAUGGACAAAAAUAAGGAUGGAGUUGUCACCAUAGAUGAAUUUAUAGACUGUUGCCAAAAUGAUGAGAACAUCAUGCGAUCAAUGCAGCUUUUUGAAAAUGUCAUUUAAAAGCUGAUGAAAAAGCAGAUGAAAAGUGUCUGGUAGCUUCUAAAUGGACAUGCACUCCACAUGCACCAGUCCCCCAUCACUACAAAUGGAUUUAAAUGGGAGACAAUUUAGACCACUUCAGUACAGCUUCUGUUUAAGGGUUAUUUAUUUUAAUUAAAGGUUAAUAAGAAGUG